AGUGUAAAAUUUCCUUGCCCCCAUUUACGGAAAAAAAUGGCGUCAAAGUUUAGGAAAGUGGAGUUGUGGAUUGACGAGAAGAAGCGAAGAAUGUUGUGAAGAUGCGAUAAUUUACGAAAAAAAAUGUAGAAAAGGAGGGAUGCCACUUUCAGACGGUCCAAAAAGAGCCCACGAAGGACGAUCUUCUUAUUCAUCAGUCGAGCCGCCAGGGUUUGGUAAGAUAAUCUAUAAAAACGAAAAAGCAUCUGAGUUGGGAUUUGGGGUUCUUUGUCUUGGAAUUUUCGAGAAUUAAAUCUGUAUCUGCAAAUUCCUCGCUGUUGAAUUACUCGAGUUUUUGAUCGGCUAAGCGAGUAAGAGGCAGACGAAAAUGGGAGUAGCUGCGAAAAUCGCACCGUCAAUGCUAUCCUCAGAUUUUGCCAAUUUAGCUUCGGAGGCCGAGAGAAUGCUUAAAUUUGGAGCGGAUUGGCUUCACAUGGAUAUUAUGGAUGGGCACUUUGUCCCGAAUCUGACAAUUGGUGCUCCAGUCAUCGAGAGUUUAAGAAAACAUACGAAGGCAUAUCUUGAUUGCCACCUUAUGGUUACAAAUCCACUUGAUUACGUUGAACCCUUGGCAAAAGCUGGUGCUUCAGGCUUUACAUUUCAUGUUGAAGUAUCCAAAGACAAUUGGCAGCAAUUAAUCCAAGAAAUCAAGUCAAAGGGCAUGAAGUCCGGGGUUGCGCUAAAACCCGGAACACCCAUUGAAGAAGUUUAUCCUUUGGUAGAAAGUGAAAAUCCUGUGGAAAUGGUCCUUGUUAUGACAGUCGAACCUGGUUUUGGUGGCCAAAAGUUCAUGCCUGAAACGAUGGAUAAGGUACGGAAGUUAAGACAGAAGUACCCAUCUCUUGACAUUGAGGUGGAUGGCGGGUUGGGACCUUCGACCAUAGAUGCAGCAGCUUCAGCUGGGGCGAACUGCAUCGUUGCAGGAAGUUCGGUGUUUGGAGCUCCCGAGCCUUCCGAAGUUAUAUCCAUUCUGAGGAAAAGUGUUGAGGAGGCUCAACAGAACUCUUGAUCCUUUAACAAGCUUCAAGAAUCCGCCAUCAAAUCUUGUUAUACACUUUUUGCAAUUCAUACGGGAUAUUUUUAGAUUGAUAGAAGUUGAUUUGAGUCAAGUGGUGUCACUAUAAUCUGAACUAACAUAUGAUUCCUUUCUGGUUUUUUAUUAUGCUGAAAUGGAUUGGCUUCAUGGUGGUUUGGCAAUGAAAAUCCAGUUCAUCA